GGAACGCCCCGAAUGGACGAAUCGGCAAGCAAGUUGAUCUUGGAGCUACUGCAGAGCAAGGACGAUGCCAUCGAAGAGCUCAACGAAGAGAAGAUGGUGCUCAUGGAGCAGCUGGAGCAGGCAUUGUGGGACCUCGAGCAUGCCAUCACCCACAACAACAGUGUUGCGGCCAGGGCAUCACUCGAUCACGAUGACGUUGCGCUUCACAUAGAUGGCCAGUUGCGUGCAUUGGAACACCAGGUGUCGGAUCUGAAACUUGAUGUCGCCACGGCCAAUACACAACAUGGGAUGCCCGUCAUCGACCAUACCACAUCACACCAACAAGGCGGCGUCACGUAUCCGUGCUCGGAGAAUGCAAGUUCCUACACCGACUUGGACGAGCAGCAGCUACAUCACGUGGAGGAAAUGGAACCAAAGCCGACGCAGCAACAGGCUGUGUCUACGCUUGACACCGACAAGCUCCAACGACACUUUGCUUCCAACAAGACGACGUCAUCCAUUGUUCGCGCGGCAAGUGUUGGUCUCGACCUGGUGCCCCACCCUGCGGCGACCCAAACCAUCCAGAAUGCUACGCCAGCCAUCGCCGCACCAACGAACAGCACGUACAGUCGUCCGUCGCUAGCACCUCCAGUAGCCGUGGCACAUCAAGAACCCCUUGAUGAAUCAGCCCAUCUCCGUCGUCAACUCGACGCACUGACAUUGCAAUGGCAGCAAUCUCAAACUGACCAUGGAGUUCGCAUUCAAGCGUAUGAGAGUCAAGUACAAACCCUGCAAGAAGAGCUGGCCGAGAGCCAGCGCCAGCUCCAUGCGUCCGAGACUGAAGCCAUGACGUUGCUGCAAUCACUGCAGCGAAGCUCUGAAACUGUGCGAGCCAUCGACAUGCAGCACCAACGAGCUCUGGCCGUGCAAGCACAUGAACACGCGACCGUCGUUGCCACGUGGCAAGCCAAAGUGACUCAACUGCAGCUCGACAAACAACAACUUGUGCAUCACGCUGCACUGGUGGUCCAGGCCGCUGAAGAAACCACUUCGUCCACCAACAUCAUGGCAUCACCUCCCCCCACUCCACGACCACAGGUCAAGACCACUGGAACCACCACAGACGAUCUACAUGGCCUAGCACUGUCAAGACACGCAAUAGCAGCAGCACCACACAUUCCCCCCCUCUCAAGCCCAGUCCCAACUGUUGGCUACGCUGAGCCGCAGUUUGGUGUAGAAUCCAUCUCCCACCACCCAUCCAAGCAUCAAAGCGGCGGCCUCGAUGACGUCGGUUCAACCAUACCCGACCAGCCACUAAUACACAAGCAGCUUCUUCACCAGCUACAGGAUCUGCAAGCCCAAAACAAGUCGUUGGCGCAAGAUAUAGCGCUUGAAAUGCAAACCAGUCGCGUCGGUCGAGACCAUAUUGCACGACUUGAACGGCAAGUCGACGACUUGGCGGCCGUCGUCGCAGCCCAAGACAACGUCCAAGAAGCGCUGGAGUCCCGGGCGUCGUGUGCGAUAGCGUUGGCCGCGCGAGCGCUUCACCCUGCCACUAUGGCGGUAUCCCCUCCCGUCAGUAUCGACGAUUGGGUGAGUAUCCUAACCGACUUGUGGGAACAACAGUGUGCGGCGACCAACAUCAUUGCCCCCGCAAAUCCACUCGAGAAUGUGUAUGCGACGACGUUGUGUGUGUGUGCAUGCCCUCCACGAGUCCAGCAGAACAGUCUCACCAACUUGCAGCCGCCAAUCAAAUCGAUGGAAUGCCACCGAUCUCUGCCGACAGAGGACGAAAACGCACCUGACAACCAACACCACAUGUGUACGUGGUAUUUGCAGGCCAAAAAGUGGCAACUGGACGUUCAGACGUUGCAGCUCGCGCAAUGCAGUCACGAGGAGACGCUGGCCGAGCUCCGACAGGCCAAAGCGUCGAGUGACUCGGAUGCCACCGCCGCUCGCGCCGCGCACCUUACGAUGCGGAAAAAGAUGUCUAUAUUGCAAGCUGAUGUGGAUGCCACCAAGCAAGCGCUGGUGCAAGUAAAAAGCGAGCUCAGGGCGUCCGCACGGGAUCGAAGCGAUAUGGAACACAUGGUCAGUCGACUGAGAGACGAAAGUAGUCGGUUGAAGGACAGUCUGCGGCGCAAACAAGAGCUGGUAAGCCACUUGAAGCGGAGUUUCGAAGAGGCAAAGCGUGCCCUGGAUGAAGAAAAAAAUCAACGCAAAGUGAAACCAGUGGUGGUGGUGGGGGGGGUCGUCGCCCCCAGUAGUCAUCCCAGUGCAAGUCGAGUCAUAACACAGCAACAACCUGGGACGACAACGGACGCCAAUACCCGAUGCCAUCAACUCGCACAGCAACUGCAAGCCCAAGUCGUGACCCUCAAAACGGACAAGGAGCAUUUGCGCACGCGAUGUGCGACGUUGUUGCAUGCAGUCAAACUCAAAGACAAGUUACUCCAAGAGCACUCGACUGUGGCGGCACAAUCAGCAGGCGAAUCUGGUGGUGGUGGUGGAGGGGCUACUCUACAGCCGUUGGAUGCCAACGCCGCGAUGGUGAAGGAGAUGAAGCGACGGCUGCACCAGAAACAAGUGCUUGUCGAGGCCCUCAAACACAAAGACGCUGCGGUUAAGGGCCAACUACUAGCAUUACAAAAACAGCAUGAUCGUCUCCAAGCUAAACUCCACUGGUCAAAGCUAGACGCAAUAGCCCCAUCGAUCGUCGUGGAGCCGACUCAAGCUGACGUGGACCUGCGCAGAUGUUUGGACGGCCUGCGCGCUUGUGUUUACGAUGUCGCACAUGACCUCCUGUUUCCUACGUCGGAUUCGACUCCAGUCCAGAAACGAAUCGACGUGCCGUCGACUCCUGGAACAGUGUCGCAGCAAAAGCUCCAAGCGUUGGGGCUCACGUAUUUUUCACCUACCGACUUGGAGGCGCUGACUACAGUCCCAACCAACCAAAACUCGGGUACUAGUCACAGAAAGAAAACCCAAGUGCUCGAUGCCCUGGAACAAGCCCUCGAAGGACGCCCGGACGACUGCCGUCACGCGUUACUUGAGGUGUUUCAUGCCGCCACCGACAACUCAUCGCCACGCUUACGCCCAUAAUAAUAUGAAUCCACGACCGGAGCUAUUUUCUAGAAAUGAAAUGUAUAUAUAUGGGG